UCCGGCCGCGGGGGCGCACGCGCGAGGGCGCCGCCAUGCUGCUGUUCUGCCCGGGCUGCGGGAACGGGCUGAUCGUGGAGGAGGGGCAGCGCUGCCACCGCUUCGCCUGCAACACCUGCCCCUACGUGCACAACAUCACCCGCAAGGUCACAAACCGGAAGUAUCCGAAGCUGAAAGAAGUAGACGACGUGCUUGGGGGAGCGGCCGCCUGGGAGAAUGUCGACUCCACUGCAGAGCCAUGUCCCAAGUGCGAACAUCCUCGUGCUUACUUCAUGCAGCUUCAGACGCGCUCUGCAGACGAGCCCAUGACCACCUUCUACAAGUGCUGCAGCCCCCAGUGCGGGCACCGCUGGAGGGACUAGGGCUGCGCUGGCCCAGCUGUGCCGGUCCCCAGGGUGGACUCCUGGCAAGGACUGUGAGCUGUGUGUCCUAGGGUCUUCGCUGGUGUGGCAGAGAGCAAGCCCUCCUGAGGGCAGGGCCAGGGUGUCAGGAACGUCGCCCUUCUGUGGAUGAAGUCAUCAGGGGCCAGAGAGUCCUUGUGGGCGAGGAAGAGACCCUGGCUGUGCACUCCGCUGGGGGAGGAGACCCUGGCUGUGCGCUCCGCUGGGGGAGGAGACCCUGGCUGUGUGCUCUGCUCCAGGAGGGACCCUCGCUGUGUUCUCUCUGCUUGGGACGAGACCCUGGCUGUGCGCUCCGCUGGGGGAGGAGACCCUCGCUGUGCGCUCCGCUGGGGGAGGAGACCCUGGCUGUGCGCUCCGCUGGGGGAGGAGGCCCUGGCUGUGUGCUCUGCUGGGGGAGGAGACCCUGGCUGUGCGCUCCGCUGGGGGAGGAGACCCUGGCUGUGUGCUCUGCUCCAGGAGGGACCCUCGCUGUGUUCUCUCUGCUCGGGACGAGACCCUCGCUGUGUGCUCUCUGCUCGGGACGAGACCCUCGCUGUGCGCUCUGCUUCAGGUUCACUCUGCUCCUCUUCCAGAGCCCUUCAGUACUGACACUGUCUGCACAGCUCAACCCAUGACAUGUCCCUGCCUAUGUAACUGCUAAUUGCAAGCUUAUUUAACCAAAAUUUAUUUGGCAUCUUGUACAAAAAGGAAAAGUCUAAUAAUGCCUUCUCAGUGUUUUACAUACCUUCAUAGCAAACCUUCAAGUUCAGUGACCUCAAACUGACUGCUCUACCUGGGAUUAAACAGCACGAAAUGAGACAGCCUGGCCUUCCACUUCUUUAUCCUUCCUGUUCUUACUCAUUGUUUUCCUGUUUGAGCCUUCCUCAAUUUGCUUCCUAGGGUUGCAAUAAAUGUAUCAGGUUCUGUGUACACUUUA